AUGUCCCAGAAGAAGUCCCGCGGCGGCGCCGCCGCCGGGGACGACGCCGACGAGCUCUCGCGCUCGCCCCUCCAGGCCGUCCUCCUCGCCGACAGCUUCACGCUCAAGUUCCGCCCCAUCACUCUCGAGCGCCCCAAGGUGCUGCUGCCGCUGGUGAACGUGCCGAUGAUCGACUACACGCUGUCCUGGCUGGAGACCUCGGGCGUGGAGGAGGUCUUUGUGUUCUGCAGUGCGCACGCGGAGCAGGUCAAGGGGCACCUGGAGGAGGCCGGCUGGACCGGCAAGCCCGCGGCCCGGGAGAUGGCCGUCACGGCGGUCGAGUCGCACGACGCAAUCAGCGCAGGUGACGCGCUCCGCGUCAUGUAUGGCCAUGGCGUUAUAAAUGGUGAUUUUGUUCUCAUCAGUGGUGAUACAAUCAGCAACAUGAGCUUAAAAGAUGCUCUCCAGGAACACAAGGACAGAAGGAAAAAGGAUCCACUUGCUGUUAUGACUAUGAUUAUAAAGCAUUCAAAACCUUCAAUCCUAACGCACCAGACACGUUUGGGCAAUGAUGAAAUUGUUAUGGCGAUAGCUCCUGAGACAAAGGAGCUACUUUAUUAUGAGGAUAAGGCAGAUAACUCACACCUGUGUGUGACAAUUGAUAAGGAUAUACUGGCCAAUAAUCCUACUCUCCAGUUGCAUAAUAACAUGGAGGAUUGCUAUAUUGAUAUCUGCUCGCCAGAAGUCCUUAGUCUUUUCACCGAUAACUUUGACUAUCAACAUCUCCGACGUCAUUUUGUAAAGGGUUUACUAGUUGACGAUAUUAUGGGAUACAAAAUCUAUACUCAUGAAAUACGCUCCAGCUAUGCUGCAAGAAUAGAUAAUUUCAGGAGCUAUGAUGCGGUGAGCAAAGAUAUAAUACAAAGAUGGACAUACCCUAUGGUGCCUGAUGUGUUAUCUUUUGGUAACUGUCAUGAAAUGAAACUUCACCGCCAAGGAAUUUACAAGGCAUCAGAUGUUACAUUGUCGCAUUCUGCACAAAUUGGUGCGAAUUCUGUUAUUGGCAAUGCGACAAGUAUUGGAGAGCAGUGCAAGAUAUCAAAUUCGGUAAUUGGGGAAGGUUGCAGUAUUGGUAAAAACGUUCUCAUUCAUGGUUCCUAUAUAUGGGAUAAUGUCAUAAUUGAAGAUGGGUGCAAAGUGAGUAACUCCUUAAUCUGUGAUGAUGUUCAUCUAAAGGCAGGGGCAAUUGUUGAGCCUGGCUGCAUAUUGUCAUUUAAGAUUAAAGUUGGAAAGAAUGUUGUUGUCCCUGCCUAUUCAAAAGUGUCACUACUUAACAAGCCUUCAAAUGAAGAUAGUGACGAGGAACUUGAGUAUGCUGACACUAAUUCUGGAAUUACAGAUAGUCCACCCUUUUCCAUCUCAAAGAGUAAUGCCGACCACCCAACCAUCAUAUGUGAAGAUGAUGACUUAGGGGCAUCUGAGACUGGUACCUCUGGCGUCCUUGGUUACAUAUGGGCAAGUGGUGAUACUGGAAUUCAGGACGAGUGGAGACAAUCAAUUGCUCCGAUUCCUAAAGAAAAGCUUCAAGAGUUGCAGCAUGCUGUAUCUUUUGAUGAUGACGAAGGAUCAGAAGAAGACUCGAACAACCGUCCAUCUGAAGCAGACCGUGACAAUGAUUCUGAGAUCAGUGUGGUUGAGGAUGAUGAUUAUACUAAGUUUGAGAAAGAAGUCGAAGAGACGUUCCAGCGGGCACUUGAUGGGGUUCAUCAAGAUAAUUUGAUACUAGAAAUCAAUGCGCUCAGGUUAUCUUAUAGCCUUCAACAUGCUGAUUGUGCUGGAGCAGUUUUCUAUUCGAUCAUGAGGGGUGCAUUAGUGGCUGCACAAUCUACUAAUGAUAAUCUUCUAAAGACAACUGCCGACGCACUUGCCAAGUGGAAGGAUCUUUUACGCAAUUACACCAAGACAGUUGAUGAGGAGAUGGAAAUACUAUUGAAGUUUGAGGAAAUGUGCCAAGAUAUCACAAAAGAAUUUGCUCCACUGUUCUCAAAGAUCUUGCCUUACCUCUAUGAUAAGGACGUAGUCAGUGAAGAUGCAAUUUUGAGAUGGGCGGAAGAAAAAGAAAAUGCCGACGAGUCUGAUAAAGUUUUUGUUAAACAGUCUGAUGCUUUUAUUAAGUUUUUCAUGAUCUCAAACCUUCCAUCAGAGGGAAUGAUUCAAACCGCAUGUCUUGUAUUUAUAAUAUCUCCUGGCAUGAUGGUGGUUGUAUUUCCGGCACUGGGUUUGUGCCAUCUGUUGUGCUGGCAGAACAAAGUCUCAAACAUGAUGAUUGGCUCAAGGAAGCUGAAGAGGAGGAAGACGACGAGGACGACGACGAAGAAGAGUAGAGUCGGAGAGGAGCGCAGCGUUGUGCAACUUGGGUGGUUUCCCGGGUGGGCGUCAGCUUGA